AUGGAGUCUCAGCAGCUGCAGCUGGCCGCCCUCUGCCUGCUGGGGGUGCUGGGGUUCCAGGUGAGACUUACAGACUCCAAUUCCCAGUGCCAGGGCCAGGUGGAAGUCAUCUUUGAAGGCAAAUGGCACACCGUGGACAGCCGGAGCUGGGGCCAGAGCCCAGGCCGCUGGGAGGACCUCAAGCAGGCCUCCAAGCUCUGCCAGAACCUGAACUGCAGGGACGCCUUGGUACUCGCCCACAUUCCUUACUUCAAAAGCCCCCAGACACAGAUCACCUGCUACGGACAACUGGGGUCCUUCUCCAGCUGCAACUCCAGCAAGGAAAACCAGAGGGAACCGCUGGGCCUGAUCUGCUUAGAACCACCGAAGACGACCCCUCCUCCCACAAGGCCACCACCCAUAACCACUCCAGAGCCCACAGCUCCUCCCAGGCUGCAACUGGUGCCAGGGACAGAGGGCCUGCGGUGCGCUGGUGUGGUAGAAUUCUACAGUGGCAUCCUGGGUGGCACCGUCAGCUAUGAGGAACAGGACUGGACCAAGGACCUGGGGGACCGCAUCUGUGAGGCCCUCCAGUGUGGCUCCUUCCUGAAGCACCUGUCAGAGGCCGAGGCAGCCAGGACACAAGCCCCAGGGGAGAGCAGGCCCUUGCCAAUCCAAUGGAAGAUCCAGAAUGCGAGCUGUGCCUCCCUGGGGCAGUGCUUCCGAAGAGUCCAGCCCUGGGAGAGUGGCCAACCUCUCGCCCUCAUCUGUUCUGGUUUCCAGCCCAAGGUGCAGAGCCGCCUGGUGGGGGGCGGCAGCGUGUGUGCAGGCUCCGUGGAAGUGCGCCAGGGCGGGCGGUGGGAAGCCCUGUGCUACACCCCCCCGGCCAAGGGCCCCUCACGGUGGGAGGAGGUGUGCCAGGAGCAGCAGUGCGGCGACGUCAACUCCUACCAGGUGCUGGAUGCCGGCGAGAAGACCUCCCGGGGGCUCUUCUGCCUCCAGGAGAAGCUGUCCCAGUGCCACCAGCUUCAGGAGAAAAGAACCCACUGCAAGAGGGUGUUUGUCACAUGCCAGGAUCCGAACCCGAAGGGUCUGGGCACAGGCACCGUGAUGAGCAUCGUCCUGGCCCUUGCGCUCCUGGCUGUGCUGAUAGUCAUGUGCGGCCCUCUCGCCUACAAGAAGCUGGUGAAGAAAUUCCGCCAGAAGAAGCAGCGCCAGUGGAUUGGCCCAACGGGAAUGAACCAGAACGUGUCUUUCCACCGCGACCACGGGGCCACGGUCCGCCGGUCCCAGGUUGAGAGCCCCACAGCCGCGCACGUGGAGAAUGAGUACAGUCAGCCCCCCAGGAACUCCCACCUCUCUGCCUAUCCAGCCCUGGAAGGGGCCCUGCAUCGAGCCUCCGCCCCACCUGACAACUCCUCUGACAGCGACUACGACCUGCACGGGGCUCAGAGGCUGUAAGGUGAGCGAGCCCCGCACCCAGGGUCCCGGUACCCAGGGACAAGCGCCGGCGCUGGGCUCCCAGCUCCUGCCACCCCGCUGUCCGUGAACGGGACUCCGCGCCUGGACUGGUGGAAGGGAGA